CAGUUGACAAGGUUCUCCAAGCCAUUCGAUAACCCGCAAACAUGAAAGUAUUCAUCUUAAUUGUGUUGUGCUUGACGGCAACAGCAGUGACUGGUCAAGACGAAGUCCCAUCGCCGCAAGAAUCUGUUCCAUCUGUUCCUGAACGCAGUGAGGAUGCAGAUGGCUACGGUCCUGAACGCGUCAAGAAUCCUCCUUCCGCUCCUGUCACCAUUCCGACUGCUGCUGCCGCUGCUAACGCUUACUCGGCUGCUUAUGCUCAACCGGCAGCACCAGCAGUAGCACCAGCAGUAGCACCAGCGGCAGCACCAGCGGCAGCACCGGCCCGCGUACCAGGACAAUCAGCAGCAGCUCAGCCUCCGAUGAUGUUGAUGCCUUACAGCUUCCAGUACGGAGUGAACGACGAUGCCAUUGGUCUGGAUUUCGGCCAUAAAGAGAGCAGCGACGGCCUAGUCGUCACGGGAACUUAUUACGUUCUACUCCCCGACGGUCGCAUGGAGACGGUCAAUUACAAAGCUGACGACAAUGGAUAUGUGGCUGAAGUUAUUUAUGAUGGAGAGGCCAAAUAUGACAAUGUCAAACCUCAGAAAGGAGCCGGUAGUUCACCAGCAGGCACCUCCGCGCAGUUGCAAGCUCCAUCAAAACCAGCAUCCGCACCUGCCCCACCUACAAGAGCUCCACAAUCGUUGCCCGUCUCUAAUGCUACACCAAAAGCGCCAGCAACGCUGCCAACUGCUACACUAAAAGCGCCAACAAAAGCGCCAACAAAAGCGCCACCAACUGCUUCAGCCCCCGUCUGGCCAGCUGUCAAAGUACCAGUAGUACCUGUCGCUCCUGCUGUAGACCGAACUCCUUCGGUCAUUCCUGCUACUUCUGCCCCUGUCGCCGCUCCGGCUCCUGCUCCGAGCGCUGUUCCAGCUCCGACUGCAGUUUGGACUCAAGCUGUUGCGCCUCCGCCACCACAGUUAUCUCAAGUCACAACAGCACAGGCUAACACACCUCCAGCGGGAUUGGUUCGUCCGGUUGUCCAACCAGGAGUACAGGCCAUAUCUUAUGGCCAACCUUCUCCUCCUGUUCCAGCUCCUGCCCCAGCUUAUCCGGUUGCUCCAAUUCCGCUUAACCAGAGAAACACACCCAAGCCACUUGUCAAUCCGUAUUAAAUUUGAGCGGGAUCGCAUAAUGAUUAACGAAAAAUUGCUUCCUCGACAAAUCCUUAUAUAAAAUGGUGAUAUAGCUAGAAUAUAUACAAUUAUACAUAGAACAUAAUCGAAUUAAAUAUAAGUGCAUUGGCGAAGUAUGAUAUAAAUUUAUAA